AUGCUCUCCACGUGCCAUCUGCCGCUCAGAACCGUCUCCCACAAGCUGGACCCCAGAUACCUACGACCCUUCCUCAUCAGCAAGUUCUUUACUUCCACCAGUAACACCCCGACGCUCUUCCUAAAGCACCUGGAGGCGCUCGUUGAAGGGGGAGAGACUCUGUCCAGCUUUAAUCCAGGACUGAGAACACUGAUACCGGAACCGAGGGGUUUGAUGGAGGAAACCAAGGAUGUGGUUCAGUCACUCAACAAUAAUCAGUGGAAGCUGCUGCUCUUCUUUGUGCCGGUGGAUGAGCUCUGCGUCUGCCCGGGCCAGACUGGUUUAGCAGUUGAGGCGACAGUGCGGAGAGUGGAGGAUGUGCUGGAUAAACUCCAUGAGAAGUUGAAUCACACUCUGGUUCACGUUGUGGUUUGGGGCGGCCGAGUUGAUGGCAGAGUAUGUGAGUGUGAAGAGGGUGCUGCCGGUGCAGACACACAGAAAUAUCAUCGACUGGAAAGAGCCAUCAUUAUGGCUAAAAUUCAGGACAGUCUUGGUGCCCUCCUGCAACGGCGUCAUCAAUGGAGCGAUGGAGAAACCUUCACUGUGGUCCUGCAAUCCAGUCCAAUAUACUUCGAUUCCUCAAAUGAUUCAGAGGAAAAAGACUCGCAGAUGUUCACACAGCUGUGGAACAACCUGGAGAAGCCGUAUCUGUACACACAGCGUAACUCAGCUGUCCAGCCAGAGCAUGAACUCCGCAGUCUAGACAUACAGACUGAUCCUAGGAUGGCUACCGGUUUUCCAUGUAACGUUACAAGUCCGUCUCCCUCAGUGCCCACUUCAGUGCAUUUCCUCCGACCUGCAGACAUCAAGGUGGUGGCAGCGUUAGGAGACUCAUUCACGGCAGGAAAUGGAGUGGGUGUCAAUCAGAAUAACCUUCUUGGUGUCUUGACGGAGUAUCGUGGUCUGUCAUGGAGCAUCGGAGGCGAUGAGGAUCUCUCAACUGUGACCACCUUAGCAAACAUCCUGAGGAAGUUUAACCCUUCACUCACUGGCUUCUCCACCGGGACGGGCAGAGCCACCACAAAACAGGCAUUCCUCAACCAGGCUGUCUCUGGAGCCAAGAGCCAAGACUUGCCCUCGCAGACACGGGCCCUCAUCACAAGAAUGGCAAGUGACUCGCGCAUUGAUUUCCAAAAUGACUGGAAGGUCAUCACGCUGUUCAUUGGAGGAAAUGAUCUGUGUGAAUUCUGUAUAGACCCGGUCUUUUACUCUGCUGAUAAUUUUAUGAGAAACAUCCGUGAAGCUUUGGACAUGUUACAGCAAGAGGUUCCUCGUGUUUUAGUGAAUCUGAUGGAACUUUUAAACACCGUUCUAGUGCGCCAGCUGCAUCAGCGCUCCAGUCUCGGCUGUCCCACAUGGCUGUUCAAGUAUUUAUGUCCCUGUUUGAUGAACCCUGCAGAAGGAUCUUCAGAGCUGCAGGCUUUAAUAGAAAUGACCGAAGCGUAUCAGACUGCAUUGAGGAACCUGGUGGACUCUGGCCGCUAUAACACUGGCCCGGACUUCACCGUGAUCUUACAGCCGUUUUUCAGAAACCUGUCCUUUCCGGUGCUGCCGGAUGGAAUGCCCGACCACUCCUUCUUUUCUGCCGAUUGUUUCCAUCUCAGUAAGAAAUUUCACGCUGUCAUGGCCCAAGGUCUGUGGAACAACAUGCUGGAGCCUAUAAACAGUAAAACCACAUCUGUGGACUUCAACGAAGGCAUGGCUUUGAAGUGUCCUUCUGAGAGUGAACCUUAUUUUUCAACCAAUAGGGACAGUGGAUUGCAAUCUUUAGCCAUGGACAGAACUGCGAACUGGGGCAGUGACUUCUCAUGCAUGAACACGGCUCCCUCAGACACUGUACCUACCUCAGUUCACAGGUUGCAACCAGGAGACAUUAACAUCAUCGCUGCUCUCGGAGAUUCCAUAACUGCUGGUUUCGGUGCCAAAGCUGAAAACAUCCUGCAGCUGCCGAACGAGGAGAGGGGAGUGUCCUGGAGCAUUGGCGGUGAUGAGACUCUGGAAACCGUCACUACACUACCAAACAUUCUGAAAAAGUUCAACCCAAAUGUGUUCGGCUUCUCACAAGGACGUAGCAAGAGACCCAAUGGCUUCAAUAUGGCCGUGAGCGGAGCUAAAGCAAUUGAUAUCCCAGGCCAGGUCAGGGACUUGGUGGAGGCUCUAAAGAACAGCACAAGUGUGGAUUUUGAGCAGGACUGGAAGUUGGUGACCCUGUUUAUCGGCGGUAAUGAUCUGUGUCAGUACUGCAAGAACCCGGCCUCUCUUUCUCCUCAAAAGUACAUAGGACACAUCAGGGACGCUCUGGACAUCCUCUAUCAUGAGGUACCCAGAGUGCUGGUAAAUUUUGUAGAGAUCCUGCAGAUCGAGAGCCUGCGUAAGAUAAAGUCAAACACCACAGAAUGCACCAUCUUACAGCCGACCCUGUGUGCAUGCUUCCUGCGUCCUGAAGAGAACUCUGAGGAGCUGGAUGAGAUGAAGAGGAUUAAUCGGCAAAUACAGACGGAGACCGCGCAGCUGGUGUUUGGAGGACGAUAUGAGGGCAGAGAAGAUUUUGCUGUAGUUCUGCAGCCUUUCUUCCGAAGCACAGUGCUUCCAAUGGGAGAGGACCGGCAGCCAGACCUGAGCUUCUUCUCUGUGGACUGUUUCCACUUCACUGAGCGUGGACAUGCUGAGAUGGCCAUUGCACUGUGGAACAAUAUGUUGGAGCCAGUGGGCAGCAAACAGACAUACAACAACUUCACACACGACCGCAGCAAGAUACUCUGUCCCUCAGAGGAUCAUCCCUUCAUCUUUACCCAAGUAAACAGUUUUAGCUCUGAGCCCGUUGACCCAGUAGUGCCCACUCCACUUCCCAAAAGCCCCCAGGGCUCAGUGGCAUUGUGGGUCACUGUGCUGUUGACCAUCUCUGGAGCUCUAGUGGGCGGAGUCUUGGCCUGGUUCACGAUGUCCUGCUACGAGCGGAGGAAGAGGAGGAUCAGCGACAAACUCAGCUCUGUUAAGAUGCAGGGUUUCGAAAGCAAACUUUAA